AUGCUAGAGCUGGUUAUGCACUACUUGGAGUCUUUGCUCUCCUUGUGGUUUUGGAUCUGGGUAUGGAUGCUUUUGUUCGAACAGCAAAAGGGUUUCUUUGAAGAUGGGAUUUUUGGCUGGCAGACCCGACAGCAUCUUGGCUUCCUCAGUGGCACUCUGGUCUUCUGUGUGCAAGUAGUUCUGCUUCGUUACUACAAGCCUGAGAGGACUGUGCAGACCUUCGAGCCUGGAAAAUACAAGCUGAAGAAGCGCAUGGGAGAGCGCAUCCUUCAGGGGCAAGUCGUCAGAUUGACAAAAGUAGGCUCAUCUUGGGGCAAGCUUGCGGAAGGCAAAUGGGUGCAGAUCAAUCGGAGCAAUAUUUGGGACUAUGCCUUCGGCUUUUUCCAUGCUCAUGCCAUCGAAGAAAAUGGUCCCGCUAAGGAUGAAAAAAGGUUGGGUCACUACAGUUACGAAGCUCCAGAAUCUCAGUUUGUCUACUGCAGCGCCUCCGGGGGCGCCUCCGCAGGACGUCAAAUUGAGAAGGAUGCAGGCAUGGUUGUGGAGAUUACACAAGUUACGCCUUCUACAACUUCAGUGAACGGCCGCCUCAAGGACUCUGAGGUGUACAUCCAAUUGGCAGAAAACACCGUUUUGGGAAGCCUGUCAAGUGUUGUGCGACUCCAUUAA